AUGUCGAUCCUGAAGCUAGUCGAGGACCGGCCGACGCCUAGUGUGGUCUACAACUGGAGAAUCUAUCUCCUAGCAGCAGUGGCUUCAUGCACAUCCUGUAUGAUCGGCUAUGACAGUGCUUUCAUCGGCACUACGCUCUCUCUCGACUCCUUUAAAAGCGAGUUCCACUUCGGCGACAUGUCUGAUACCACCAGGAACCUGAUCAGUGCCAAUAUCGUCUCCUGCUACCAAGCUGGCGCUUUUUUCGGUGCUUUCUUCGCAUAUCCAAUUGGCCAUUUCUGGGGUCGUAGGAUUGGCCUAUUGGCCGCUGGCAUGGUUUUCACUCUCGGUGCUGGGAUCAUGCUUGGUGCCAAUGGUGAUCGAGGGCUGGGUCUCCUUUACGGCGGCCGAGUUCUCGCUGGUCUUGGUGUCGGAGCAGGCUCUAACAUCACCCCAAUCUAUAUCUCCGAAUUAUCUCCCCCAGCCAUUCGCGGUAGAUUGGUUGGUGUUUACGAGCUAGGCUGGCAAAUUGGCGGUCUUGUUGGAUUCUGGAUCAACUUCGGUGUCGACGAGACCAUGGAACCUAGCCAUAAGCAAUGGCUUAUUCCCUUUGCUGUUCAGUUGAUUCCUUCCGGUCUCUUGCUGAUUGGUGGCUACUUCAUCCGGGAGUCGCCUCGUUGGCUCUUCGGACGCGGUCGCCGCGAGGACGCCAUCAAGAAUCUUUGCUGGAUUCGCCAAUUGCCCGAGGAUGAUAUCUACAUGAUCGAAGAGAUUGGUGCCAUUGACCAGGCCCUGGAGGAACAGCGCCGUAGCAUUGGAAUUGGUUUCUGGAAACCUUUCAAGGCGGCCGGUACCAACAAAAAGGUCAUGUGGCGUCUAUUCCUCGGAAGCGCGCUGUUCUUCUGGCAGAAUGGAUCUGGCAUUAAUGCCAUCAACUAUUACAGCCCAACUGUCUUCAAAUCUAUUGGUAUCAAAGGUACCAACACCAGUCUGUUUACCACUGGAAUCUUCGGUGUCGUAAAGACUGUAGUGACUUUCAUUUGGCUACUUUGGCUAAUUGAUCACGUUGGUCGCCGUAACCUGCUGUUGAUUGGUGCAGCAGGUGGUUCAGUCUGUUUGUGGGUUGUCGGUGCGUACAUCAAGGUUGCCAAGCCCGAAGACAGCACAAGCGACAGCUUGAGCGGCGGCGGUAUUGCAGCUAUGUUUUUCUUCUACCUAUGGACGGUCUUCUAUACCCCAACCUGGAACGGUACCCCAUGGGUGCUUAACUCGGAAAUGUUCGACCCUAACAUGCGUUCCCUGGCACAGGCCUGUGCCGCCGCCUCCAACUGGCUCUGGAACUUCCUCGUCUCGCGCUUCACCCCGCAGAUGUUCACAGCCAUGGGAUACGGUGUAUACUUCUUCUUCGCAUCGAUGAUGAUAAUUUCCAUCGUCUUCGUGUACUUCCUCGUUCCCGAAACCAAGGGUAUUCCUCUUGAGAGUAUGGACCAGCUAUUCGACAUCAAACCUGUGCGACAUGCCCACGGGAAGAUGAUCGCCCAGCUGCGUGAGAGCGAAGAGCAAUUCCGCCAGGACGUCGAGGCUGCUGGUAUUAAUAUCAGUAAGAUGCGUCCUGAGCAAGUCGAGGAUACUGUGGCUCAGCCAAAGUACGCUUGA